AUGUCGAAGUCAACAACACACGACAUCGAAAAGACGCCGCGAGGCUCUGGGGUUGCAAUGAAUCUACCGUCACGUCCACCUAGCUCCUCUCAACUUGGCCCAGAUACCCCUCGUCUUGACAGCCGCAGCCCCAUUGUCUAUCGUUAUCUGACAUUUGAAGCCAUUAUUCCUGAGCCCGCACUUUUCGAGUUGCCAGAGCCACAGUCGCUACCACCCGCACCGGAUCUGACUCGUUUCACCUCUCCUCUAGAAUGGCCGCAUUCACGCAAGUAUCUGCUGCUGGUGCUCUCGUGCAUCGCCACAUUCUUGACUGCCUACACCGCUGGGUCUUACUCGCCACCAGCGGCCAUCAUGGCCCAUGACCUAGAUUCAACCCGCCUGGCGAUGCUCGCCGGCAUCACCACCUUUUGUAUAGGUUUCGCACUCUCGCCCAUGGUUUUGGCACCUUUGUCGGAAUUAUACGGGAGGUAUCCAGUUUUCGUCAUAUCGGGAGUUGUUUACGUCGUGUUUCAGGCCGUUUGCUCUGUGGCACCGAACCUCGCAGCCAUGUUGAUCGCCCGCUUCCUUGUCGGUGUCGGCGGCUCUGUUUUCAGUUCCGUCAUAGGCGGCGUCAUAGCAGACUUGUGGGAAAAGGAGCAAAGAAACACUCCUAUGGCGAUAUUCAGCGGUGCCGUUCUGGCAGGGACCGGGGCAGGGCCGUUAGUUGCCUCUGUUAUGGUAAAGCGCAUGGGAGCCAAUAACACGACAAUGGCAUGGAAAUGGAUCUUCUGGCACCAAGUCAUUAUUGACACUGUCCUUGUCAUCGCGCUCGCCGUUCUUUUUAAGGAGAGCCGUGGUUCAGUCCUACUUUCGAGGAAAGCCAAAGCCAUCAACAACUGGUAUGAACAACUCGAGGCGGCUGGACACUACGGAUUCUGGCUUCAGGACUCAACGAACAAUGAUGCCACGGAUACAUCCUCAGAUACCGACACGCAACGAUGCUCUUGCUCCGGACCUGAAAAAGCAUCAGCAACAUGCCGAUCCAGUCCUCGUUGCUCCACCCAACUAUCGCUGCAAAGACUGCGGUGGGUUGUAACGGAGGACGAGGAGAGAGCAUCUCUAGUCACCAUGAUCUCGGUUUCAGUAUCUAGACCGUUCCACCUACUGUUUACGGAGCCAGUGGUCUUCUUCUUCUCUAUUUGGUGUGCAUUUGCGUGGGCUGUCUUGUACUGCACCUUCGGAAGCAUACCGCUUGCCUUUUCUAGGACGAGGAACAUGGAUAUUGAGCAAUCGGGCUACUUUUUCACGGCGAUGAUUGUUGGCUCUGUUGUAGCCACUAUCGUUGGAGUGCUGCAAGACGAGUUAUUGAAGCUGCCCCAGUGGCGUGCUGAUGUUGCCCUCAAGCAUCCGUCUCGGUUUUGGCUCUUUAUGCGGCGGCGUUUUCCUGCCGAAGCCCCAGAGUCGCGUCUCUACUUUACUUGCGUUACGGCCACAUUGUUGCCCGUUGGCCUAUUCAUAUUUGGUUUCACGGCUCGCCGGGAGUACCAUUGGACUGCACCCGCUUUCGGCAUCGGAUUCGCCACCUGGGGAAUCUACUCAGUCUAUUUGGCCACGUUCAACUACUUCGCCGAUAUCUACCAUAAGUUCGCCUCCUCAGCGCUAGCAGCGCAGUCUUGCUGUCGUAACAUACUGGGCGGUAUCUUUCCCCUCGUCACGGGGGCAUUAUUCACCAAUCUUGGCGAGGCUCGCGCGGGGGCUUUGCUCGGGGGCAUCGCUACUGGAUUAACCAUCAUACCAUGGGCCCUCGUCAUAUUUGGUGAGAGAAUCCGAGCCAAAAGCAAAUUUGCCAUUAAUCUGGAGCCACAGAGGUGA